AUGAACAAGAAUAAUGCAAAAAGGUUUGAUUUGCAACCAGCAAAAUUAACGUGUUUAGUGAAUUCUCCAAAAUUAUCUAUAAAUGAAUCGCCACGUCUUAAACCUCCACCAAGUGUAAUAAAUUUUGAACGGAAAACGAUUAAACUAUCAUGUAAAAAUGAUGGUAAAAAUGAGAUUACUUUGCCAAAAUCUAGUAGUUUACAAUUAACAGAUCAAGAGGGGGGUCGUAAAAUUAUCAAGAUAUCUUGUAAAAGGGAUUUUGUUGGAAACGAUGUUACUUUGCCAAAAUCUAAUAAUUUACAGACAGCUGAACAAGAAAGUGGUCGUAAAAUUAUCAGAAUGAUAAAUGAUACACUUCAAUCAAAUGCAAAAUUAUCAAACAACAAAAAAGAAUUUGUUUUAAAGAAUUCGGCAAAAAUUGUCUCUCUCAAAAAUCAACGUGCUUUAUCUGGAAGCAACAAUUUAUCCAAUACAAAAGUCCGAACAUCUGAAGAAAGUUUAGUUGAAGAAAAUCCGCCAAAAAAGAAACACAGACCAAUUACAUGGCCCUGAUUGUAUAGCUUUUUAUUAAAAACCCAUCAUUGUGUUUGUCUUGUACUAAAUGUUUGUGUUUGUAUGUAUGUGUGUCAGUUUGCGUGUGAGUUGAUCAUAAGUUUUCGCUAAAUUUUUGUAGCCAUCUCUACUGUGCUAUCAAUAAAAUUCAUAUUAUCUUAUGUAAUGUUUCAGUAACCUUACUUCAUCAUUCGUCCUGUAAAUCAAUUUACAGAUAAUAUCAAAAAAUAUAUAUAUUAUUUUUCUAAAUGAAAAAGUGUACUUUGUUUUUAAUUAUUGGACUGAGGAAAAAAAUAGUAUUUAAACAUAUUUAAAGCUGUGUUCAUAAUUUUUUUCAUUUAUUUAUACUAUUUUAACUCAUUACACUUUGUUAAAGAAUGCCUUAAUUUAUCUUUUAGAUUAGUUUGUACAUUAAGAAUUAUUUUAUUUUGCAUCACAACUUUAUGAUAUAUCAACAAUAUGGCUAUUGUAUUACAAAGUUCAUUUUUUUUAUUCAACGUUUUAAGAAAAUAAUUAAUUUAAUGUUACAAUUGACUCUCAAUUUUUCCAGAGCAGCAAAUUGAAAAAUUUUAUACGUAAUAUAGAAUACACUGUAACUGCAUUUGUUACAUUAACUUUUACAAAAAAAUGAAAUGUAAACAUAUAAAAUAAUAAAAAAAUAAUAUAGAUGAAUCUGUUUUUAUCAGUUAGAUUAUGAAAUAUAUAGUAUAUAAAGUAUAUUAGUAUAUAUAGAUGACCACUUCAUUGUUAUAAUUGGCACAUUUAUCUGCAAGUCGGAUAAUCGAGAGUCAACUGUAUAUAGAAUACACUUAGCUUAUAAUAUAUAAAUGAAUAAGGAAUGUUUAAUAUCUAAAAUAUUAAGAAAAUUAACAAUUUUAUACAUUUACAAAUGUAUAACUUUGUAAGAUAUGUAUCUCUUCUAUUACUUUUAAAUUGUUAAUCUGAUAAUAUUAGUGGUUAAAGAACUCUUUUCUGAUAAUAGUAGUGUAACUUUUUUAAUCUGUUAUAUACUCUGAAUUUUUUUUUUUACUAUUUAUAAAUGCACUUACUAAUUAAUUUAGCAUAAUUUUUGUUUAUUUGUUCUGAAUUUAUUAGCAAAAAUGUUAUUUUGAAAUAUUAAAUCAUUUGUUCUGUUGUUGCCAAACAAAGAAUAACUUGUAUAUUAUGUUACCAAAGGAACUGUAUUACAAGAUAUACAAGGUUAGUCUUAAAAUCUUUAAUAUUGUUUAAGUUGUAUAUAAGAAAUAUAAUUUUCGUUGUAGAAUAGAUAUACAAAAAUUAAUUUUUAUUGAUUUUAAUAAAAGUUUUAAAUUUUCUAUGAAUUAGAAAGAUACCUUUUAUUGCUUCAUCACAAAAUAUUUGAUAUUUUGGGGGUGUUUAUUGCAAGGAGAUAAUGAAAAGUUAUGAUUUUACAAAAAGUUUUAAGAAAAACAACAGCUAUAAUAUGAAUUCAAGGAGCAUACAGGGUGGCUUAAAAAUCAGUUAACCAAGAUUUAUUUUCAAGAAUAGCUAAACUGCUUUGGAACAGCCAUGUACUAUUAAUAAUUUUAUUGCUUUAUUACAGAUAAUUGAAUUACAAAUAACAUGCAGCUAUUUUAAUCAUUCUUAAAAAUGAAUCUUGGUUAAUUUGCUUUUGGAAUAUCCCAUAUUUAAAAAAAUAAAUUCAUAUUUCUAUUAUUAAUUUUAGAAAUCAGCUGUUUAAAUAUACUUUAUACAUGAAUCUACUGAUUUGUUUAUAUAUGGGCUUGAUCAUAAGAUAAUGAAAUUAAAAAAUCAUUGUUGACUUCAUUAUCAUAUUUAAUAGCAUAUUUUCAACACUGUUUUAAUUAUAAUUUAAAUUCAUUUUAUUCUACAAAGAAAAUUAUAUAGCAUUGUAUGGAAAGACUGGCUUUGUACUAAUGUUAACAUGAAUCUGUAUAUAAGUCUUAAUUUGAUGAAUGAUUGCACAAAUUAGCUUUAAAAAACAUAGUUUCACAUUGUAAAUAUUUUAAAAUUAAAUAUUUUGUAAUGUGAGUUAUAAUAAAUUUAGAAUGAAAGUAUAUGAUGGUGCUAAUAGCUUAAUUGAAUUGAUGUGUUGUUAGAAAUGUUAUUAAAUAUUUUUAAAUUGUAUAAUAGUUCAUUAUUAUUAUUGUCUCAUUAAGAACAGAUCAGAUUAUAAAGCUUAACACAAUAUUACUCAUUUUGUAUUUGUUUAUAUGAUU